AUGCCAUACAUUUUCGAAGUUAGAAUUACAAAUGCGGAUAAUUCACUAACCAACUUCUUUGACAUCAAAAACGAUGAUGGAACUACAUUGGCUUCCUGUAAUGUUGACCAAGCUGGUGGAAGAUCUCUUGAAACAUCCAUCAAUUGUCAAGUCACAGCAGAUCUUACUGAUUUCACAACCUUUAGUGGUAGUCUUCAGUUCGUCAUGAUCGGUGAUGGUGGUGGUUUACCUCUAACCAUCCCAGCCGCAGAGCAUUGGACAGCUGGUGUAAACCAGUUAGUAUUCAAUGGAGACUUAACACAUGACAUCACGUUUAAACAGCCAGGUAUGAGAACACUCGGAAGAGUUACAAUGAGAGGUGAUGUUUUUCAUUAUUACAUGCCAAAGGAAGAACUCUGUCCACUCAGCGGUAUCAAGAAUGGUACUCUGGGGGUCAUUGUGAAAAGCCAAUCAUUACCAAUUAAUACAGCCGACAGCAAUAUGUAUUACACCAACACAUUUAGUCCAUAUGAUUUCCCUCUGGAAGCCAACACCAUUCCAGACACCACUAGUCAGUACACUUCAUCUGCUAACAGACUUGAUUACAGUUUUGGAGCAGUUCCAGUGGGUGGACAGAUCUAUUGGUCUGGUUUCGUUGACAAUGUCGCUCAAGAAUAUUCCAGCUAUGAGGUUAUGUUUUCACUCAACUAUGACUGUUAUGACAACUCGGAGGAAAAGAUCGCAGGAAAUUAUGCUACGAAUUUUGUUGUGGUCCCAGGAAACUUGGAGACUGAUGGGUCAGGAAACCGUAUGUAUACUAUGAGUUUAUUGAGACCAAAAGCUGAUAGGUUACUAACAUAUUCUUCAAGUCAAACCGGUAACUACUACUAUUAUAGAGACGACCGCAUUUGA